UCCAAGCAAAAUUAUCCUGACUCUACUACAAUCAUAUUCACCAUGAAGACACUGGUAAUAGCACUGUUAUUUGCCAUCGUAACGGCAGAACAGAAACGUGAAGCUGAACCUGGCUUUAGCAUCGGCCAUCCAUUUAUUCGUCCGUAUGGUAUUGGAUACGGCUACAGCUCAGCCGUGAGUCACCAUCCCUACGGUAGUCAUUCCUCCGUCCAUUCCUACAAUCACCUUAUCAAGAAACGUGAAGCUGAACCUGGCUUUGGCAUCGGCCAUCCUUUUAUUCGUCCGUAUGGAAUUGGAUACGGCUAUAGCUCAGCCGUGAGUCACCAUCCAUUCGGCAGUCAUUCCUCCGUCCAUUCCUACAAUCACCUUAUCAAGAAACGUGAAGCUGAACCUGGCUUUGGCAUCGGCCAUCCAUUUAUUCGUCCGUAUGGAAUUGGAUACGGCUACAGCUCAGCCGUGAGUCACCAUCCCUACGGUAGUCAUUCCUCCGUCCAUUCCUACAAUCACCUUAUCAAGAAACGUGAAGCUGAACCUGGCUUUGGCAUCGGCCAUCCUUUUAUUCGUCCGUAUGGAAUUGGAUACGGCUACAGCUCAGCCGUGAGUCACCAUCCCUACGGUAGUCAUUCCUCCGUCCAUUCCUACAAUCACCUUAUCAAGAAACGUGAAGCUGAACCUGGCUUUGGCAUCGGCCAUCCUUUUAUUCGUCCGUAUGGAAUUGGAUACGGCUAUAGCUCAGCCGUGAGUCACCAUCCAUACGGCAGUCAUUCCUCCGUCCACUCCUAUAAUCACCUUAUCAAGAAACGUGAGGCUGAAGCUGACCCUAGCUUCCCUGGAGCAGUCCAUAGUUAUGCUUCUGUUCAGUAUCCAGGAUACGGUCUUGGUUACCAGUACAGCCAUGCUUCCCUUCCUGUACAUUAUGGUAUUUACUGAAGCUGCAUUCCCAACAUACCGAGCUGAGACCUCAUUUGUUUGAACCCUUAUUACGAUGCCGUGGUACUGAUCAUAUUAACAAAUUCGCAGUUUCAACAAUAAAAUUACAUGCAUACCA